AUGAUGUCCGAAGAAACGUCUCAAACAACUUCACACGACAUAAUACUCCCAUUCCACUUUUGGGAUGACGUUCCCUAUACUCGUGGAAUCUGUCUAAACGUGACCCUACGCUUCGAGGAAGUUCUAGAUACUAGGAAACUCCAUGAUUCGCUUGAGCGUCUCUUGGAAAUCGGAGAAUGGAGGAAGUUAGGAGCGCGGCUUCGCCAGAGUGAAUCUGGGAAAUUGGAAUACCAUCUCCCAUCGAAGUUUACUAGCGACCGACCAGGCUUCAUCUUCACCACGGCCAGCCAUGCAGAGCCUAUCUCUUCGCACCCUCUAGCCUCGCAAAUGCCAUCAACCCAAGAAACAAGCCAGAUCUCCGUACUAGGGUGCAUGUCAAGCUUCAAUUCGAUAACCAGGAACAAGGACACACCAAAUGGAAUCGAGAAAUACCUCUCCUCAGACAUCCCACAACUCUUCAUCCACGUCGUGACCUUCACAGACACGACCUUGAUAACAGUCACCUUCGUACAUACCUUAUUCGAUGGAAUGGGCCUAUCCUACUUCCUACAAGCCUGGACCGCAGUCCUCUCCGGAAACGAAGACCAAGUACCCCCAUUCCUUGGCUUCGACGAGGACAUAAUUGAGGCGAAAACAGAAAACGUCCCAGCCGAACACCACGUUCUCGCAAAAAAGACAUUCACCAAGUUCCAAAUGGCAGUCCUUGUACUCAUGCGCUGGUGGGAAAAUUACUGGUACCCCGAAACCCAAGAUAAAGUCAUCGCCAUCCCAAGUAUCCUCGUGAAGAAAAUGCGAGAAAAGGCUCUACUAGAGCUCAAAACUCAAUCGUCACAACAUUCACCCGAGGACAUCUUCAUCAGCGAGGGCGACGUCCUCCUCGCCUGGCUCUCCAAAUCCAUAGUCACAGCUCUUAACCCAGUCCCCUCAACCCCAAUCCUCAUAUCCAACGUCUUCGACACCCGCGCCGUUCUCAACAUCUCCCAAAAAGGCGCUUACACCGGCAACGCUACAAUCCCAGCCUGCACAUCCUUCACUGCGCAAUCUCUCACGCGAAAUCCUACAAGUAACAUAGCCCUACGCCUCCGGCACUCGCUGGACGAACAACGGAUCCCACCCCAGGUCUUCGCCAUGUCCUCCCUGCGCAAGAAAACACUUCGGGAAACGGGGUAUCUACCGAUAGUGGGCGAUCCGCGUCAGAUCUCGAUAACGUGCACGAAUUGGCAACGUGCGCGGUUUUUUGAACUCGAUUUUGCAGCGGCGAGGACUGAUGAGACGCUUACUGGGCCUGUUAGGCCGAGUUAUAUUAAUACUGCGGGGCCGACGCCGAUGGGGCCGAAUGUUGUGAGGAAUUUGGUGACUGUGACGGGGAGGGAUGGGGUUGGGAAUUGGUGGGUGCAGAUUCUAGCGAGGGCGAGUGCGUGGGGGAGAAUUGAGGAGGGGAUUCGAGAGUUAGGAGGAGAUAUUUAG